GCGAGGCUGGGCCUAUACCACCGGCAUUCCCAGAAAGCUCUGCGGGGGAAGCCAUCAGAGAAAAUAGAGUCCGGUAGCCGAAAGGGCUGAGAAAAAGGAACUCGGAAGAAAUAACAGCCUCUUAUCAAAGAAAUUAAACAUCAUACAGUCAUCAUAUAUUUUCCAACAUGGCCGAUAACGAGAAACUGGACAACCAGCGGCUGAAGAAUUUCAAAAACAAGGGUCGAGAUUUGGAGACAAUGAGAAGACAGAGGAAUGAGGUGGUGGUGGAACUGCGGAAGAACAAAAGAGACGAACAUCUUCUGAAGAGAAGAAACGUCCCCCAUGAAGACAUCUGUGAGGAUUCCGAUGUGGACGGAGACUUCCGGGCGCAAAAUACUUCUUUGGAAGCAAUAGUACAGAAUGCUACCAGUGACAACCAAGGAGUACAGCUGAGCGCAGUGCAGGCGGCCAGAAAGCUGUUAUCCAGUGACCGCAAUCCUCCCAUAGAUGACUUGAUAAAGUCUGGCAUUUUACCAAUACUAGUUCACUGUCUGGAUAGAGAUGACAACCCCUCCCUACAGUUUGAAGCUGCCUGGGCUUUGACCAACAUUGCUUCAGGAACCUCUGAGCAGACACAAGCAGUGGUGCAGUCUAAUGCUGUUCCCUUGUUCCUGAGGUUGCUGCACUCCCCACACCAGAAUGUGUGUGAGCAGGCAGUGUGGGCCCUGGGAAACAUCAUUGGUGAUGGACCCCAGUGCAGAGACUAUGUGAUCAGCCUGGGCGUGGUCAAGCCCCUGCUGUCAUUCAUCAGCCCUUCCAUCCCCAUCACCUUCCUGCGCAACGUCACCUGGGUCAUGGUCAACCUGUGCCGCCACAAAGACCCACCCCCUCCUAUGGAGACCAUCCAGGAGAUCUUGCCUGCUCUCUGUGUCCUAAUUCACCACACAGAUGUGAAUAUCCUGGUGGACACUGUCUGGGCUCUGUCGUACCUGACAGAUGCUGGAAACGAGCAGAUCCAAAUGGUGAUCGAUUCUGGGAUUGUCCCGCACCUGGUACCUCUCCUUAGCCACCAGGAGGUCAAAGUUCAGACUGCAGCGCUGAGAGCAGUGGGCAACAUUGUGACGGGCACAGACGAGCAGACCCAGGUGGUCCUCAACUGCGAUGCCUUGUCACACUUCCCUGCCCUCCUCACCCACCCCAAGGAGAAGAUCAACAAGGAGGCAGUGUGGUUCCUGUCAAAUAUCACUGCAGGAAACCAGCAGCAGGUUCAGGCGGUCAUUGAUGCUAACCUGGUUCCCAUGAUCAUCCACCUGUUGGAUAAGGGAGAUUUUGGGACCCAGAAGGAGGCAGCAUGGGCUAUCAGCAACCUGACAAUAAGUGGGAGGAAGGACCAGGUGGCGUACCUGAUCCAGCAGCAGGUGAUCCCACCAUUCUGCAACCUGCUGACGGUUAAGGACGCACAGGUGGUCCAGGUGGUGCUGGACGGACUCAGCAACAUCUUGAAGAUGGCCGACGACGAGGCCGAAACCAUUGCCAAUCUGAUCGAGGAGUGCGGUGGUUUGGAAAAGGUGGAGCAGCUUCAAAAUCAUGAAAAUGAAGACAUCUAUAAAUUGGCCUAUGAAAUUAUCGACCAGUUCUUCUCAUCUGAUGACAUUGAUGAAGACUCCAGCCUGGUGCCCGAGGCCAUUCAGGGCGGAACUUAUGGGUUCAACUCUUCAACUAACCUGCCAGCGGAAGGGUUCCAGUUUUAGAGGGCAUCUCUGAUCCAGGAGUUUGGUCGUGAUGCAGCACUCUGUUCAACAAAAAUUAAGAGAGAAAGAGAGCGAAAGAGUGUGAAAGAAAUUAGAUCCAUUGUGCUUGGCUCAUGGGAUCCUUGGCUGCAUCUAAUCCGAGAGAAAAUGUGUGGAUUUGGUUUGGCAUUCCGGGGGAACCAGCCCAAAUGAAGUUGCGAUGGCGAGUGGAUGCGAGUGCGAGUGAGUGGCUAAAUGUUGCAAAAACAUCUACACUUGAAUGCUUCGGAAGACAUUCCGAGUAACUAGCAAAGUUAUCGGAGGUGUCUACCUAACGGCAAAAAAUGAUGUCCAUUGGAGAGAACCAAGACAUCGCAUUCUAACAAUUGGAGGAAAACCAAACAAAAAGAAGAACCAUAUCAUAGCUGUGUGGUCCUGCGUGCUGAGGGGGUGGGGCGUGAAGAGAGAGCGAGAGCAAGGUGGGGGAGGGGCGGGAGGGCCGGGCUCCACCCCCAGCGUCCCUCACGGCCACCGCUACGAGACUGUAUGAAUGGACCCAUGUGUAUGAAUGUCUGGGACCCAGUGCUGAGGAACCAGGUUCAUCUCCUCCAGCCCCCAGGGCUCUCCCUCUGCGGAGCGGGGGCGAUUCUAGCAGCGCAGCGCGUGUGCGAGAGAGUGGACGGUAUGUUUGCGUGACUGGGGUGUGAAAGGCUGAGGUAUGAACGCAUGCGAAGAAAACACAAAAAAAGAAAAUGCAAAAUGGAAGAGGGGAUAAAAGGAAGCGAUGAAGAAAUUGCCUAAAAGAGAGGCGGAAUUUGAUAGGAAUCCCAGCGAGGAAGAAUAACAACUAUAAACUACAAAAAUGGAAUAAGACGUCAUCAUAAGAUUAAUAUUAUCUUAGUAUUAAAUUACACUGGACAAUGGAAUUGGCAAAUGGAGAAGCAAUGCAUUGUGUUAAAGAUGCAUUCAGUAGUUUGGGGGUUUACUUUUGAAUCCAGUGUGUACCAUUUUAUUUUAUUUUUUUUUUUACUGCUUUUAUUUUCAACGCUUGUGUAAUAGUGAACUUUUUAAGGAAGGCCUCAUCAUCCCCUCCCUAUUCCACUGUACCUUUGCACCAGAUAUUAUUUGAUGCUGUGAAUAUCCAUGACACACUUUACCAACCAAAUAACUUAUUUGUGUGUUACCUUCCUGCAUGAAUAAGUGUUUUUUUUUUUAAGCAAAAAAAUCAGUUUUGCAGUACUGUUUUCAUAACAGCGAGCUUCAAUUUGUCACAAGGAGAAUAAGAAAAUGGCCAUUUUAUGUAAUUUUGUGAAUCAUCUUUGCAUGUACUAAACUACAGCAUAGUUUAUUUUAGGGAUUUCUUUUAGUUUUGUUAGGCUCUGUACACAGUGUAAUUUUCUUUUUAGAAUACUGUGCUGUUUAAAUGUUACAUGUUUCUUCCCCCUCUCCUGACUUCAGUUUCUAAUUUUCAAAUGCAGAAAUUUCUAAAUAAUUUGCACAUGUACUGCAAAGUGGGAGAGCUGGAGGUGUAGAAAGGUAUGUAUUUAGAUGUUCAAAUCAGAUCUGCCAACAUCUUUAACAAUAUGCAUAAUUCUUUGCCGUAAU